AUGUCCGUGGUCCAGAAAAAACUGGGCCCUUAUUUUGACGACAGAUGCUUCCGGAGCAUCGCACACGAACUUACGGUCAUGGGAAGAUUAAAAGUCUAUGGUGGUUCUUGGAACCUGCUGGGCGUCAAAGACUUGCCAAAUCCUUUUUCCGACCAUCUAUUGGAAGCUACUGUAAAUGUUACGGGCUUCGAACCGCUCGAAUCUAAUAUUGCACCCGUGGUAAUACCGGUGGAAAAUACGACGCGAGAAGUGCCGCUGCCGACUGAAACGAUUGUGGCGGAAAGUUCAUCUAGGAGCGUCAGAAAGGCAACAUUGGACCUUGGUCUUAACCAACAAUUGCCUAAAACCCACCCGCUCAUAAAAAUGUUUGUUGCUACGCUUAAAUCGGUCCACGGCGAGGAAUCGGCAGCAGCAACUAACUAUAUAGCAAAUGUGUCAAGGGUGCUGCAUUUCGUGCACACCCACUUGGUUGAAACGAACAACCCACCAAAACAUUGGGUGGACCUGGUUUCUACCGACGUCGAAGUGUACGAGAGAUACAUGACACUACGAGAAAAUACUGGCCAAACUAAGUCGACGACUACAAACUAUAUGAAAAACCUCCGGACGCUCUUUGAAUAUGUACUUAAGUCCUAUAUAUACACGGACCCGACAUUCCCCAAGGGGUUUGAUCUUUGUCCUUGUGUCCACACGGUGACCAAAAUCAAACUGCUUGAACACCAGUUGGGGCUCGUGUACAAACGUAAAACUAAACAGCUGCCUGGCGAGCUCUUUUCAAGGAAAACAAAAGAGGCACAGGCGCUACCUCAACACACUGAAGUUGAGGCCAGCGUGAAAAAAAUUGAAUCAAAUAUAACGGAAUGCCUCACCGAACUGGAAACAUUGUUCAGAAAUGACGGAACAGUUUCCGUCCGCAGCGAGAAAAACGGGACCGCGGAGGAGAAAAAGUUGUCUAGUCUAUGGCGCAAGACCACGUCAGCCUUGAUGAUUUCAAUACUUUGGACCUCAAAACAGAGGAGUGGCGUGGUGGUUAACAUGACGAUGGGCGAGUGGGAGGCCCGAAGACACCACUUGACCAGCGCCAUCAUCACGGUUAGCGACCACAAAACUGGUGAUAAGGAGCCGGCCUCGUUGGUCAUUGACGAGGAGAUGGAGCUGUCGAUGAUGAGGUACUACCAUUUGAGAAUACGGACGGGGUACAAACCUGUAAACUUUUUCGUCACCAACCGGGGCGAAAAAGUUACGAAAAUCUAUGAUGACCUUAACAAGAUUUACGGGGCCAACCUGUCGGCCAGGAUAUUUCGCAUAAUGACGGAGACCAGUGGCCGUAGCCAUGAUUCUGCAACGUCUUCGAUGGUUGCGAAGGCGUUGCAGCAUUCUGAAAACACAGCGCUAAAAUUUUAUCGGUUGCCCGCCACGGACGAGGCAAUGCGCAGGCAGCGGAGUCUGGACGCCGUAACACAUACGGCACUAGUCAAGUCAUUUGUGGACAAACAUUUCGAAGACUUCUACCCGCUGCUUCCGUAUUCAAAGUUUCCCUCGCCCGAUGAAGCGUUAGAGAAGAUCACCACGCACGACAUUUAUGAAUCUUACCCACAAGCCGUCAUCGACGUUGACUAUGUUCUCGGGUUGCGGGACCGUUUCGACUACCAUUUACAGGACCAGCUUGCGGGGAUCCUGUAUGACGAGGUGCUUGCUGCUGGUUAUACAAAAACCAACAUUAGUGACCACGCCAUUACGGACGUCGCGAGAUCUAGCAAAAUUCACCAUUUCCUAGUGAACCCGAAGUACCGCAAAAAGAUGAUUAAAAAAGUGAUUGCCAAGUUUGUGUAA